AUGGACGCCAGUAGUGACCUGCUGCAGAGAUCGUCUCACCUUGGAUGGAGCCAAACUUACCUUACCGACAACGCCGUUGACCGAAGCCACUCCAGUUCCUAUAGCAGCAAUUCACCAUUGGAAGACUCUCGCCUUCAACGCCUGUUCGUUGGACAUCAAGAUAAUAGAUCUUUACGUGAGGAGAUCCGCAAAUUGAAGGAGCAGAAUUUGAUUCUCAAAACGGAGAACCAAACGAUCAAUCGCCUCUACCAAACGCUUGCGAGUUCAUUACCAGGCGCUAUCUUGUCAAUGCAACCCUGCAACAUCGACAUGUCCAACGGUCUCUCAAACCCACCUACUAUUCCAUCCUCGAACUCCAUGCAAGGAGAAACCCUUGAUCAGCGCCAAUAUCCAAAAAUACGAUAUUGGUUCAAACAGGCAUGGAGCGAUCAACAAAAGCAAGACAUAGGCAUAACGAAAAUCGGCAAAUCUUCCACAAGAGCAGGUGGAAAAAAAUCGACGCCUGGACAAAACAUUACAAUGCGAUACGUAGAAGAUCAGUUCGGGAUGGUCGUCGACGGAUAUCGCGCGAGUGAAAUGCGAAAAUGUGCACGGUCCAUCUGGAAUUGUCUUGCCCAGUCAGGCAAGGCUCCAAAGAAAUGGGGGAAAGUUGACAUUGAGACUUCUCAACAGUAUCGGUGUGAAAUGUGUUCUUGCUUCCCCGAGCUUCGACUCUGUGCAUAUGACUGGAAAGCUGAUCAAAUUGCCACUGACAACUAUCCCAAUUGGGCCCUUCAUAAUUUAGAAAACCACGUAGUGAAGCAAGAAGACGGCGACCCUCGACUCCUUUCAGUGAAACGGCGUGAAUUAUCUGAACUUCCGGAGCCAGCGGGUAAGAAGAUGAGAAUAGCCUCCCCAGCGCCUUCUGUUACAAAUUCCAUCAACGACCAUAGUGACUCAAUGUUGUCCAGUAACCGCUGCUUGGUGCCGCCUGCUACAUCCACUUUCACGCAGGAAAAGACUGCCCUCAAGAUUGGUGAUACCAGGCUGCAACACGCGACAACCGCUUCGAGAUCCAACACCCCUGCUCUCACUGUCAGCCCGCCCUCCGACGAUUGGGAGCUGUCAACUUCGGUCAAUGGUACGGUCCAUGAAAGAGAAUCCGAAACACCAGCGAGCAUAAAUACCGAUCAAGAUCUGGAAGGCUCUGAUACACAAGUUGACAUGCUGAUCAGGAGCGUUGGCACCUCUGCAUAUCCAGCACCGUCUCUUCAAUCAGCCUUCUCCAGUCAUGUUCCCAAUCAGUUGUCGGUUUCGUUGGCUUCUACCCCACAGAUGCCUCCAACUCCUCUAAGAGAUGACCCCAGAGCUGCUGUUAGCCCCCAAGAAAAACCAGCAUCGCUUACCGGCCCCAUCGAUGGCUCCACUUCAUGUGAAAAGGAAAUCGGCGCGGAUUCAUCCAGCUCCCCUGUCUCCAGCAUUGCCCAGCAGCCACUCCCUCCAUUUUCCGACGUGUGUGCUCGCAGCAGCAAUACCAAGUCAUCUAGUUCCUCUGACUUGGCCCUAUCCCAACCACUUGCUCCUGUUUCCACAAUGAGGGCCUCUAUGUCCUGCAAAGAAACCAGGUCUGACUCAGUCAACUCGAGCUCGUACCUGCAACCCCUUGUUCUGCCUCCCUCUGGAGCAGCCGUUGUUCCACCAGUUCGCGCACCGGUUCCUGGCCCAGUGCAGGAGUCCAGGGCACACAAGCCUAAGGUGACAAAGUUUCGGCCAGGACCUGCUCACACCGCAAGGAACAUUUGCGGCCGAGAGUGGUUGAAAACGAACCCUAGUGGUACGAAGGACGACUUCAACAAAUACUUUUCUGGAUUAUCUCCGGAGCAAAAGAAGGUGCCUUUCCAGCUUUAUGAACAGAUACACGCAUAG